AUUUAAAGAUUCAGAAACAAUGAAUCUGACCAUCAUAUAACCACGAUGACCCUUCAGAGUCAAUAGUGGGAUGUGGAUACGGUGGAGAGAAACCUGUGAAAGAGAGAGAAAGAUGAUAGUGUCUCUCAUCCAAAAUGGUCAUCCAAGAUGCAAAGGCACCUUCAAAUCAAGAAAGAACCAGAGUCCAUCUAAUUAGAAUAGCUGAGAGGAGAGGAUUAUGAGAAAGGACAUUAACAUUUGUUAUACCUACCAGACUUGGUUUUCAGAUGAAGAAACCAAAGCUCAGAAAAAUCAAGUAACUUGUUUAAGGUGUACAACUAGUCAUUUAUGACCGAAACCAGUGACUAACUCCAAAUCCUUCCUACAAUCCUACACUCACUCGUGGGCCAAGAAUGUAAAAAUUUAUUAUUUGAGCAAUCUGGAUUUUUUUACCUCAGAGUCAACCAAACCACCUCUGAAACCUGGAAGUGUUUCCAGGUGCAGUUCCAAACUAACUUGGGGGCAACUUGUACUUUUUAUUAAAACUGGAACUAACAGAGUGAUUGAGUUGAGUAGCCAUGCCUUAGUAGGAUAUUCAGGCUGAUUCCUCCUCUGGAUGAAUCUGGGAAUUCCUAGAAUCUGGGGAGAAUAAGGGAAAGUCUGGAGCCUUCUCCAUCUAGGAAAAUCUGGUUUUGCUAAGAACUUGGUCCAAGACUUGGUGGUAUCAACUCCAAAGACAAAUCCUCAGUUUCCUUGCAGUUACUGCUUGAGUUUCUCUGAAGACUUGUGGCUGAAGGGGUGACUGGUAGGCUCAGUCAGUAGAGCAUGCAACUCUUGAUCUCAAGGUUGUGAUUUUAAGCCCCACACUGGGCAUGGAGCCUACUUAAAAAAUUGUGACUGUAUGCCAGGAUAUUUAGUAGGAAGCUCCUUCCUCUAUGACAUCACAAGGCAGGUAGCUAAGGGGACUAUAUGAGACACUCUUAGAUUAACAGUCACUUUCGUGGGAGUAUAAGAACAGCAGCUUUUAAAACUGAGCGUAAAUAUUCAGACUUCAUUAGGACUCUCAAUAUAGCCAGCCAGUAAAUCAUGGGAUCUACCCAGAGAAGCUCAGUGUAUCGGACGGUCAGGACUAAUAAAACUGGGUCCAACAUAGCAGUUUCAGCACCAAAAGGGUCUGAAGAUACUAACACAACUCAUCAGCAGGGACAAGAGUACUUUCUUGCCUCGAGCUCACGAAGUGCUGCAGCCCCGGUAAGCCCUCCACCACAUCGAAGAUCAGAAGCUGGGCAUCUCACCACUUUCUAUCCAACAUCAGACUAUCCUCGAUCUGUCUCCCCCCAGUCAGGGCCUGGUCUUGCUGGAACAUCCAUCCCUCGAGGAAGUGAGACUCGAUCAAAAUUAGAAACAUACCGCCAUCCCUCUCCUCAUCGAAAGACCCAGCAAACUCAGACAUCAGCUUACCAUACUGUCCAGAUGCAAAGGAACAUUAGUCCAUGCAGAGAGGAAUCAACACGAAAAGGGGGUGAGAGCAAGCCAGGGCGUGACAUCAGUAAUCGCUAUUCAUUGACCCCAGAUGCCAAAUCCUCUCGCCGGUUGAGUUUUGUAGACCAGAAGGAUAACUUACAAAUCUUACAAGAAGAAGACCCACCCUCCAAGGUCCAGUACCCACAAGGAGUCAGAGUUCCCCGUAGGACUUUGGCUUGCCCAAAGGAUCAAGCAGUCCAAACUGAGCCCAUCCGAAAGAUUUUGACUGCUACCGAGAUCAGAUCUCCAAAGAGACCCUCUAGCCCAGAGCAUAGCAGUGGCCGUGUCAGAGCAGACUCUCGGACAGCCCAGAGAAGGAUCCCUGGCCAAGAGUAUGAAAUGAAUCGUCUCAGCUCAAUCUAUACAGAACCCAAGGCUUUGCAUAGGAAUAUGAACUUGGAAUCAUCCCUCAGACUCUCUGUCCUUAAGGAUUUAGAUGGUGGACACCGAGUUUCUCUGCAUCCAGAUCCUGAAUCUAUCCACAAGCAUUCUGUCUACACUGACACCAAGCCCUCCCCAAAGAUCUUAAUAUCAUCAGAAGUAGAGUCCAACAUGAAGUCCUCAACCCGAGGAGACAGCGAGGUUGGCCGUAGGGUCACCAUCUCCCCAGAGGGACAGUUAAUACACUCAGCUUCCCAUGUGACAUCUCGAACAGCGUCUGAGAGCCCCCAAAAAUCUAUAUUUGUCACUCCAGAGCACAGCUAUAAGCAGCACCCCCAAAAGCCUUCAGAAUGUGUCUCCAUGUCCCCAGGACCUGCACUCAGGUAUCCAGAACCCUCCCAAAAGCCUUCUGUCCAUGCAGAAUUGGAACUGACCCCUCGGCCCUUACCCCCUCGGUCCUUACCUAGGUAUGGGCCUGAUUCCUCAUGGUGGACCUUACUCAAUCCUGAAGUUGAAACACCCCAAAGCCGGCCAACAACACCUGAUUUUGAGUCUAAGUCUCCUCCUCCCUCAGAUCCUUUAUUGUCCUGUUUUGAAAUGGACUUGAGUCCUUUCUGUGAGGAAAUGAUGUUCCAGAGAGAGAAAGCAAGUCCAUCACCACCACUAGCACCAGCAACACCGCCACCACGGUCAUCGCCAAAGGAGUCUCCAAACAGGGCCCCAUUGAGGGAAGCACCACAGGCCCUCAAGUGCACCUCCAAACAACCCAUUCAAAGGUUUAGUGCUUUCUUCUUGGAUGUCUCUGAGGAAAUGUACAAUCGUGUCAUCUGGUGGCUAAAAGAUGAAGAGGUGGGCCCUGGAGACUAUGGCUACAAGCAGGUGUGGGGACUUUGAGGUGACAGCCUGGAGGUAGUUCUUAAGAGACUUCCCCACAGCCUCUCUAUCUCAGUCCCUUCCCUCUGGCAUAAACCUGGCAAUGGGCAUGUCUGCCUCCCUCAAUUCUUCCCUUUGUAAAAUGGGGACCUGCAGAAGACUGUGGCCAUCUUCUCUCUCCUGGCCCUCGCCGGGACUCCACAGUGGUCUGGGAUAGCCCCCACUGGCUUGGCCAAUCCCCAGAGAGUGAGUCAGCCUCUGAAGCCGGCCCUUGUCCAUUGUCUGGAGGUGGCAUGUGGGUAUUGUGAGGCAGAGCUGAGCCCAGCAGUGCCAGGCACUCCACAAAGGAAGCUGGCUCCUAAAGGAGAGGGAAAGUUUUAGGGUCUAGAGUUGAUGGCAGGAGUGAGGGGAAGCAGCCUCUCUUCCAAGUUGGAGAUGGGGGAGCGGGGACAGGUGUCUACAGAGCAGCCAGCCAUUCUUUGCCCACCAACCCCUGUGGUUCUCGGUUUAGUCCACAUUCCCCCUGGCACUGCUGGCUGAAGCUUACUCCAGGCAGAGGUGGCAAGAGACAACUGAUGGGUGCUUCCUCUUAUCUCUCCCUCACAGUUAGGGGCUGCCAGCAGCCUAGUGUCCUCCUGUCCUCCCUCACUGGGUCCCUCCUGGCUCCCUUCCACCUUGCACUCAGCCUCCACUGUCAGGUUUGCCCUUCUGUCCUCAGGCCGCAGCACAGAUUCUGAUGUGGCACAGUGUCUGGAAUAAGGGGGGUGUCAGAUCAGCUGUACUGAGCUCUUUGCAGUGAGCCCUGGGAAGGGAGCACCUCCAGUAGAGUCUGUACCUUGGUCCUAGAGCUCACAGACCUGCAGUGACAGCGGGCACAGAGCCCCCUGCUGGCUUUUGAUUUACCUGGGCUAGCAGCUCCCUUCAACCCUCCCUUCUUCCCUCCUGCCCCUGCCCCAUUCUGACUUGACUGUCUGCACUCCCCUUGAAUCCUGGACCACGUCCUCCUCUCAGCUCUAACGCCUCUAUUGCUCCCCCUUAUUUAGUCUGACUUCCUGGCCUUUUGAGCAGUCCCUGGCCCCUGACUUGGCCAGACCCCCAGGAAGGGCAGGGCGGUGAGCACCUUGUUGAGAGGGAGCAUCAGGACUGGAGCUACUCAGAUCCCAACAGCAGUUGCAAGGACUCUGGG